AUGAAGAUCCUUGAAGGCCAAAGCAACCUGGUCUCAAACCAUGAGGUCUAUGAGCAUAUUCUGGAGCAACAGCAAAAGAACAGGUCCAAGAACAGGAGAGUGCCUCCCAAUCAAUUUACUCUCACUAAGGAUCUCUUGACCUAUCUCCGAACCAAGCCUGGCCCAUUGGCAAACCAGGACAAGACCCAUCAGUACAGCACGGAAGCGGUGUAUGAGCUCUUUAAGAAGCUUCGUGAGGCUAACCUCCAGAGCGAUCUCUCGAAAGGCGAGAUGCUCAUGAUCAUCAACCUUCGGCCCACCAAUGUUGCAGUUCUUAGCACGGUCGUUGAAGACAUGUUGGAGCGCUUUACUGAGGACGAGCAGCAAAAGAUCAUUGAUAUCAUCACCGAGACUCUCGGCUUUGACGAACCCACAGAGGCCGCGGAAGGAGAAGAGAACGACGAGGACGCAGCACCCUCCAUUGAAAACUCUUGA